CAGGAUCCGGAAACAGGGAACAAGUUUUCCCAACCAGAAUGACCUUAGGGGUGAUGAAGGGGAAGUUGAAAGGUGCACAACAGGGCCAUUCGUUGUUGAAAAGAAAAUCUGAAGCAUUAACCAAAAGAUUUAGAGAUAUUACUCAAAGAAUUGAUGAUUCUAAAAGAAAAAUGGGUAGGGUUAUGCAAACUGCGGCAUUUUCAUUAGCUGAGGUUCAAUAUGCCACUGGUGAUAAUAUAUCUUAUCAAGUUCAAGAAUCCGUACAAAAGGCUAGAUUUCAAGUUAAAGCUAAACAAGAAAAUGUUUCAGGGGUUUAUUUACCAACUUUUGAUAGUCAUAUUAACGAGGAAAUUAAUGAUUUUAAGAUGACUGGUUUAGGUAGAGGUGGUCAACAGGUUCAGAAAGCCAAAGCUGUUUAUACUAAAGCUGUUGAAACAUUAGUUGAAUUGGCCUCUUUGCAAACUGCAUUUAUUAUCUUAGAUGAAGUUAUUAAAGUGACUAAUAGAAGAGUUAAUGCCAUUGAGCAUGUCAUUAUUCCAAGAACUGAAAAUACCAUUAGUUAUAUUAACUCUGAAUUGGAUGAAUUAGAUCGUGAAGAGUUUUAUAGAUUGAAGAAAGUUCAAGAAAAGAAACAAGAAGCCACUGCUGCUGAAGAAGCUGAAAUUAUUGCAAAUAGAGAUAAGGAGAAUUCAGAGAAAGAGAAUGCUGCUGAAGAUGACGAACAAAAGGUUAUUGAACAAGUGGAAAAAUUGGGAGUUGGCGAAGACCAAAACGAUUUACUUAAAGAAGAUGAAGACGAUGUUAUCUUUUAAAAAAGCUUCCCAAGUACACAACUAAUUGUUCUCUUUUUCCUUCAGUUCUUCCAUAAAUAGACUAGAGUCUUAUUAUUCUGCAAAAAUUAUUUCAUAAAAUACACUGACCUUCAUA